UGUUUUCAUACAAAAGUACUGCUAUUUGCAUUUGCUCCAAAUUUUGGUUGUUUGUGAAUUGGCAAAUCAGUUGAACAGUGUAAAUGAUGGUUGAAUAAGGAAAACUGUGUAUGAAGAAAAGAAUAGGUGAAAGGCCUGAAGAGUGAUCCUUAAGAUCAACUUCGAACAAAAUAUAGUCGGGCGAAAGGCCUGAAGAGUGAUCCUUAAGAUCAACUUCGAACAAAAUAUAGUCGGGUGAAAGGCCCUGAACACUUCUAGUAAUUAAAUGGUACAGGUUAUUGUUUAAUAAGAAGCUAGAGUGUCUAAACAAAGAGGAACGGGUGAAAGGCCCUUGUCUUCCUGUAGAAGGCAUAAAGAAAGGCUAAACAAGUCAAGGGAGCGACGUGAAAAGACGAGCCCGGUCUGUUGUUACCCCUGAACAGAAACUAGUUUGUAUAUUACAGCGAUUUCUGUGACUUAGUUUAAAAAGGGAAAAAUUGUGUGGGAGGUUUGGCACGUUGAAUUGAGGAGCAUUUCCUCUCUGAUUUUGAGUACAGUAGGAUCGAGUAGAGAGAUCCAUAUUCUUACUCAUUACAGAGCAAUCACGUGUGCGGGUCUGUAAUAAAGGGAAAAGAGAAGAACCACACUUGUAAUACAAGGAAUUCAGCGGCAGGCCAUAGGCGUCCCGCGACCUGUCCAGAGACAGAUCGUAGAAGCUCGGACGUGCUGCCUUCUGAAGUCUGAGUAUCAGGGCAGUGACUUCUCGGGUUGUAAGUGAAGUAAGUCCUGUUUUAAAUACAGGGAUGGCGUCUCCAUUCGAUGAUUUAGCGUUGGAAGAACAAUGGGCGAAGUUAAAAUCUCAAGUUAUAAGUGGCAAAACUGCAAAGGAAAGACCAGAAGAGAGAGAAAAAUUUGAAAAAGUAUGGGGAGAAAUGGAAAAGGAAGGUGUAAUUAAAUCUAAACCAGGAUCGAAGUCCCCUACCGGCACAAUUGGCGGGUUAUGAAUGGGAGUGUAAGAAGAAAUGUCAGGAACAUGAUAAAGACAAAGAGAAGGCAGGAUUAAUUAAGAGGAAGUGGAAGAAAAAGAGAGAUGAAUUAGAGGAACGAAGAGCAACAGUACAUCGACUGGCAAUCGCAGCAGCAGCGUUACAACAGAAUAUGAGAAGAGGGGCAGGAGAAAAUAGAGGUCAGACAAGUGAGCCGAGCGCUCCCAUGGAAUGUCCACCUCCAUAUAGCCCCCAGGGAACCCAGAUGCCCCUGUUGGUUGUGAAAGGAGGUACAUUGGAUGUGGACACUCUGUCCUCUGAUGAGGAGACUCGCAGAGAGAGAGUAAGGAUAGAAAGCGAGAUCAGGAUAGGCUGUCCAGGUUGGAAGCACAGGUAGAGGAGACUAUACAGGACGUAGAAACGCGGAUUAAGGCUAAAGAGAAAGAGAUGAGAAACAGAGAGACUAGAAGGGAAGACAGACAGAGACAGGAGUAUGGAGCAAAGUGUAGACAGGAGCAGGAGGAACAUGUAGAAGAGUUGCAGUGGGCGCUUAGCAGGAUGGAAGAAGAGAAAGCUGAAGAACAUAAACAGGCAGAGAGACAGGAAGGUGAGCACGCACAUAACACCUCUAGUAAAAUAAGGCUAUACACAUCAACACCCGGAAAACCACGACCACCCCCCUCAACUGACUUGCUGAAACAAAUGACUAAUCAACAGAGACCUGACUCGGACACACGGCUCACAUACAGCAGAUGGCUCAUGUGCAGAUGACAAGAGUGACGAGGAGGGUGAGACAUAUGGGGCUGAACUUACAGGCCAACUGAAAUUGUAUCCGCCAUAUGUCAGAAAAUUAACCAAAUCUUCCCCUCUUCCUCCAACCACCCAGUAUAACUUGCGUUCCAAAACUAAAUCCACCGGCGCGACACAGAUGCCAUUAAUGAAGACCCCAGCAGGAGACACGGUGUGUCAACCUUUGGUUUCACUGAUUUACAUUGUUUAAAAGACAAAAUGCCCUCACCUAAUGAGGGAGGAGGGCCCUGGAUGGAAAAAUGUAUUAAAAUGACAUUGGGGCACCGUUUAGCUCCGGGUGACUGGCGUGCUCUGGCGGGGCAGCUAAUGCAUGCGUGGGACGUAGGUGAUAUUGAAGCGGACGCAGGCGCCGUAGGUUGUCCUGAUACUGCGCCGUUUGCAACAUAUGCAACGGUCAUAGGCGGGGCAAUGUGGAAGAAGUACCCAGUUCCACUGGGUGCAAUGCAUAAUAUGGUAUUUACCCCUAAACCUGAAGAAUCUGCCCAAACAUUCUUGACUAGAUGUAAAGAUAUGUGGUCCGACGCUACAGGGACCCACCCUAGCUCUAGUGAAACACAGAUUGCACUCUUCCGUAGAGCUAUUUUGGAAGGACUUCCAAAACCGGUGAAGACCGCUAUGGAAGAUAAUCCUGAACUGCAUAGAGCCCCUACGGCUCAAUGGGAAACACAUUUGGCCCAUCAUUUCGCUAAGCAUAGGAGCAACAGGGAGAGAACCAAGGAAAAGAAUCCGACCUGCAAACUCAACUUCUGAAAUUGCAAUGAGUGGAAGCUAGACAUAAAACUAAUGAAGCAAAGAAAGGGAAAGAGAAAGCCAAAAAUGAGCUUCAGUUGGUGCAGCAACCCUCAGGUGACAAAGGUGAUGAUGACUUAUAUCCCACUCCACCGUAGGCACCUCCCCAACCUUCUUAUAGAGGAUGCGGAGGGUUCAGGGGAGACAUGGGGGGCAGAGGUCGUGGUCCACGCGGAAGGUCCCACAAUAUAUACUAUGGAUGUCUUUUUUGUGGUGACGUAACGCACUGGAAACAUGAACACCCACAGAAUAAAAACCAUUGGAGAACACAAAGGGGAAGCUGGGCUCCCCGUAGAGGUCGGGGACGAGGUGGUUUCCCUCCACAACCCUAUUCACAAGCCCCACAGCCGUAUGCAUAGACUCAACAGGCAUACCCACAAGCUCCAUCACACAAGGCUCCCAAUCCUCAAGCUGCACCUCCACAGCCUCAACAAGGGCAGUAUCGCAUGGGUCAGUGGGAAGAGCCGUACCAAGGAUGAGGAGGCCCGAGAACCCCACAAGAAGUGGAAUUGGCAGAUCCUCUUCUGAAUAUUUCAGUAAUGGGAAAAGACUUGCCCUACCUAGUGGACACCGGUGCUCGGUAUUCCACUCUUAACACACGAAUUGCCACUCCUCCACUUUCGAAACAGUGUGUUCGGGUUAAGGGGUUUCUCUGGGACUCCUGCACACCUCCCUUUAACAACACCCCUUUCCUCACAGCUGAGGCUGGCAAAACAACAAUUCAGGCAUCAAUACAUAGCCUCACCACAUUGCCCAGUGAACUUGAUGGGAAGAGACAUUUUACUCGCGACCGGAGCGAGUAUUCUCUGCUCUCCCGAUGGUAUCUUAAUCACGUUUCCCAACGGAAAAACUCUGAACUGUUCAUUAGGCAGUGAUGUCAUGGACUGCGACACGAUGAUGUCGGCUGACAUCUCUCCUGAGGGCCCUGGAUCUUGGGCUGACAUUUAUUGGGGUUUAAUUGAACCAUCAACUGACGGUGUUUGCCAACUGUACCAGUCGUGGCGCCCGUGGAUCCAUGCCCUCUCGCCCUAUGUCUGACCCUCUGAUCCCCUUCCAUCUCACCCUCAAAUAUGACAGGGAGGGGGACGAAAUUUAUCAAGAGGCCUUUGCCUCGGUGGACGGUCAAAUCUGACCUGUGACGUCCACAUGCCUGUAUGUAGGCAAGGAGGGUGUUGCUGCAGCAGCUGAACUAGGUGAAGAGCACGCACAGUGGUUUGACAUGUCCAAGGAGUCAGUUCCCCAUAUCACACUCGCUAUAUAUGCACAACAUGAGGCAAAAGAUCUAGGUCCCACGACCAAACAUCUCUCUACACUGACAGACUGGGUCCCCGAUCAGAUCCCAAGUGUUCAGUUUUCCCCCUCAGCUUCCGCAUAUCGCAUUGUCAGUCAGGUGACAGACACAAUGCUUCUCGAACACGGACAAAUUGAACGCUUUCAUGGCAGAGAAAAAACAGACCACCCAGAUACUGACAAAGUUUCGUCCUCCCUGCCAGACACGCUCUGGUCCACCGGUCCCACGGAUGUUGGUUUUUGCCCUGGGAUAGCCCCAGUCACGUUUGAGCUCAAGGAGGACACGCCCAUCUAUCAGGCACAAUAUAAGCAUAAACCAGCAGCGGCUGAGGGCAUUUUCGAUUCCAUAGAAGGCUUGCUUGAGGCGGGCGUGUUGGAAACUUCCAACUCAGCGUGGAACACACCUGUAGAGAAUCAAAACACCGGUAAAUAUCGUAUGGCUCACGACCUCCGCCGAAUUAACGCCAUUCUCGCCACUCCAACGGUAUCGGUCCCCAAUCCAUACACUGCCCUGACUGCUCUGUUACCCUCACAUCAGUGGUUCACCUGCAUUGACCUGGCCAACGCGUUCUUUUGUCUCCCUCUAGCGGAUCACUUGAAACCCAUUUUUUCAUUCACAUAUGGUAACAAGACACUGCAAUACCGCAGGCUUCCCCAGGGGUUCAUUCUCUCCCCAGGUAUUUUCAGUCAGGCUUUAAAACAGCAACUGCAGGGAAUAGAAUUGCCCCCGGGCGUAGCUCUGAUAUAAUAUGUAGAUGACUUGCUUAUCGCAGCGGAGACAGACGCCUCAUGCCUUCGCGCCACUCACGCGGUCCUGGACCGACUAGCCCGGUGUGGUUUUAAAGUAUCCCAUUCUAAAUUGCAGUGCUGCCGCCAACAAGUUGCCUUUCUCGGUCGCAUGGUAUCAGCCAGAGGCACAGCAUUGUCAGCACGUCAUAGGUCGUCCAUUUUGUCCCACCCCAAACCACAGACAGUAAAAGACAUGUUAUCCUUUUUGGGAAUCACGGGAUACAGUCGCCAUUACAUCCCCUCCUACGGCGAACUGACUAAGCCUUUACGUGCCUUGGUUAAUGCACAGGGAAUGUGUAACCUCACCGCUCCACUGUCCUGGGAUCAGGACACGGAAAGUCCAUUCAUUAAAUUGAAACAGGAACUUUCAUCUGCAGCCGAUCUGGCCAUCCCAGACUACAAGUCGCCAUUCUUUUUGGAUGUUUCUGAAAAGACAUCAUCUGUCAAUGGUGUCUUAUUUCAGAAAAAAGGGGGAGGCAGACAGGUGUUAAUGUAUGUGAGUGUAGCACUUGACCCAAUGGAGAACAGACAACCGCCAUGCACACGUCACGCAGCAGCAGUAGCAAAGAUAUUGCAGAAAACAGCACACCUAGUAAUGGGACACGCACUCACUGCAUUAACUACACACAGCAUUGUGGCAUACGUAAACUCUGCUGCAUUCACAAUCACUCCACUCAGACAGACCAGACUGGACAGUAUCUUGAGCGCACCACACAUUACAUACACACACGAUGGGAUCAAUAUGGCAGAUGGUAUGAGGGAAGGAGAGAAACAUGACUGCGAGACUAAAGUGAGACAGGAUGUUAAAGCGAGAGAAGGCUUGAAUAGUGAACCACUACCGCACGCGACUGAAACCAUUUUCACAGAUGGGUGUUGUUUCAAACACCCACAGGAAGGGCUGAAAGCAGCAUAUGCAGUGGUACGUCAGACAGGGAACUGCUUUGAGAAAGUGAAAGUGGGCCAGCUCCAAGGGAAAGAGUCUGCACAGUUAGCAGAGUUACAGGCAGUAACAGAGGCACUAAAAUGGGCAGAGGGAAAAGUUGUAAAUAUCUAUACAGAUUCAGCGUAUGUGGUAGGAGCCAUACAUGUUGAAAUGCCCCAAUGGCUAAGGGCAGGUUUUGUGACUGCAUCCGGCAUUCCCAUAAAACACGAAAAGGCUAUGAAAGAUCUCUUGGAGGUUUUGCAAUUACCAAAAGAGGUAGGGAUCAUCAAGUGUAAAGGACAUAGCAAGGAAGACAGUCUAAUUGCGAGAGGCAACGAGGCUGCGGAUGCAGCGGCUAAAAUGGCUGCAGGAUAUGUUCAAAACUACAUAAUGGUGCAGACAGGAAUGAUCCAGGACAUACUACCCCCAUGCGAUGUAAAUAUGAUAAAAGCGGAGCAAGAGAAAGCAGAAAAACAUGAGAAAAACCUCUGGGAGGACAGAGGAGCAACUUGUACAGAAGGAUUGUGGCGGGCUGCUGACGGGAGACCAGUUUUGCCUCCUGGGUUGGCACCCUCCCUGAUUGCAGAGGCACAUGGCCUCAUGCAUGUAGGUAAGACACAAACAAUGAGAAAUUUGACCCACUGGUGGCAUCCACAUCUACCAGGGAUGGUGGAAAGACACAUCAGGGUUUGUGAAGUGUGUACUGUGCAUAAUGCUAAACCCACAUGCAAACCACAUGAAGGGAAAUUUCCUCUCCCCAGGUGCCCUGGCACGGAAAUCAUUAUUGACUAUACUGAUAUGGAAGAGCGGGUUCGAGGAUAUCGCUACGGCCUGGUCGCAGUGGAUGCAUACACUGGCUGGCCAGAAGCAACCCCGGCAAAGGCCGAAGAUGCCAAGACAGUGGUGAAGUUUUUGAUCAACCACUACAUUCCCUUCCAUGGGUUCCCAGCGAAAAUAAGGUCAGACAACGGGACCCAUUUUGAAAAUAAAGAUCUGAGAGAAGUUGAAAAGCUGUUGGGGCUCCAACAUGCUUUUGGCACCGUGUAUCAUCCUCAGUCCCAAGGAAAAGUGGAAAGGAUGAACCAGACGGCUCAGUUACUCGAGCCCUUGAAGGCCUUGGAACAUUGUCUCAAGAAAUGCAUGAAAAUUCUGGUAUCGAGAACCCCCUCGAUGACUUACUAGGGCAAUGGUUUGGUAAAUGGAAGACUCUAGUUGUGUCAGUAGCCCUAUCUUUGGUUGGAAUGAUAGCAGCGCUGGGUCUCUGUGGGUGCUGCUGCAUUCCCUGCAUUCGAUCCCUAUGUGAGCGCAUAAUUGUAGCUGCCAUUUUGAAGAAAAACCCCCCCACCACCAUAUCAAAUGUAUCAGGCCGAGACAGAAGGUUUGUUGAGAUGCUCGCCUGAAGGUGAGGAUGAAGAGGUAGUAUUACCCAUGUCAGAAGUGUGAUCUCAUAAAUGAGAUCGAAAGGGGGGUGUGUAAACUUUCAGGUAUAAAAUGGCCUCCUUCAGAGGCCAAAAGGGGGACUGUUGGAUUAUAACAAAUAAUGAAGGAACAAAAUGAUUGUACAUAGUGGAAAUUUGCUGACUUGUGCAAAGAUAUGUGCUUACUCCACAGACCGG